CAAGAAAAACAUUCCCUUAGAAAAAUUUUGAACUGUUCAGCCCAGAAAACAAUACAUAAAAAGUGACAGUUGUGGUUGCUACAUUAUACAAAAUAUAGUGAUUAUGUUGCAAGCAUUAUGGGAUGGAAUUUUGGUACAGUUCUGUUCUGUAACCGACCUAUUAAAAUAUAUUGCAAUACACAUUAACUAAAUAUCAAAAUGCAUCAUAAAGCACUCCAAUGCGUAUUAUGAUAAGCACUUAGAAAUUAUAAUAAGAAAAAAACUUACUAAAGAAUUCUCAAUUGUGAAUUCUGGACAUGUCUAAACACAUAUUGGACCUGUAAAAAGACUGUAGAACCUUCUACAUGUUUUACAAAGACAUAUGGGAACAGAGGUCAGCUUAUCAAGCCUAGUUAUCCCUAUAGGAAAGAGGUUACCUGCACUUGCUGUACUUUAAAAUCCGCUUGAAGCUUUUGUCAGCAAAUGAAUUUUCCUGACAUUCCCAUGACAUACUCUAAGUAAUAAGUCGCUGUAAUCCCUGCAUGCAUGUACUGCUUCAAACAUGUUUGAUUCAAUGAAAGUUCAAGCACCUUUAAAAAAAAAAAAAAAAAAAAGACAUAUACUUGCAUGUUAAAAUGAACUCAAAAGUGCUGAGGUCUCUCUUAACUUCAAACACAAUGAAUAAUUUUGCAUCAAUCCCUGUAGAAAUAGAGUUGUGUCAUCUAACUCACCUUUUAGGAGGAGCUUAUCAUGCAUGCAAACAACCACAAUACAGUUUAAAAUUACAAAAAGAGGAAGCCAGGGAACGGUUAUUCAUUUUUUCCAUCUUAUUGUAUAUGAUGGUCUAAAUCUCAGACAGUGCUAUCAUUUAUUCACCAUUCAUCAGACACUGAUCACCCAGAGGGAUGUACAGUACACUAAUUGCAGAGACAGUCUCCCUGGAGUAACAGCGGGUUAAGUGCCCCGCUCAAGGGCAAUGCCCCCAUUUGAACACACCAUGUCCUUUUUGCUUCACUAUUAUUGAUGUCCAAAUGCAAAUGAUCUUAUUUCUCAAGUCUUAUGCUUAUUCAGCUAGUCAAGGUCACUCCUUCAUACCACUAACAAAAUACACCUGAAUAGAGAAAAGCAAACAAACAGAGGACGUGAAUCUUUCUCUGAUUAUGAGUGAAAGUGUUUUACCAUAAUUUUUGGAAUGAUCUUAGCUCUUACUAUAUUUAUACUUAUUAAACAAAGUAAUGAACAGAGGUACAAACCAGUCCACUAUAGACUGCUGUAUAGAAUUCAUUAAACAAAUGCUUGUUAAAAUAGGCACAUAAAAAUGGACAGUUAUUGCCCUCUAGUGGUUACACUCUCAGUUCUCAGCAGGAUGACAUCAUAAAAUAUGUAAAUGAAACAAAGUGCAUGUGGCAUUUGAAAGGUUACCUCAUAAACUGCCGAAUGCCAUUUUAAAUAAAAAUAAAUAUUUGCCUUGAGCUGUUUAAACUCAGUGAUUCUUAUAAUUAUAAUAUGCAUUCAGCUUUCACAAAAUAUUGUCUCAAAUCACCUCGUUUUAAUUAUGUUUAGAUCUUUCCUGAUUCUUAUUCUCAUGUGAUAUCAUAUGAUAUAUGAUAACACUGAAGAAAGUGAUGAGUCUUUAUUUUCCUCAUCUCUCUCAUUUGAAACGCUCCUUCACAUGCUCUCGCCUAUUUAUCUGCUAUCUUGUUCUGAAGAGAUGAAUUACUUUGAUUUAUCUCACUGUCUUCACUUAGCCUCCCUCUCUCUUGCUCUCUCUCUCUCUCUUAUUUCUCCCUCGCUUUCUCUUUCUCUCUUCAGUGAGUGCCAUGGUGUGCUCUGUUAGAUUAGAGCUUAGCAGAGAUGAAUGUGUGUAACUCUGGUAUAUAAAAGCAAGGAGGUUCGGUUUUGCAUUUUAAUGUAAGUGAUUUCACCUGCUAAUUUUAACAUGUUCUUUCACAAACAGCAAAUCUGAUGAAUUUGGAUAAAGGUAAAAACAGAAAAGAGUUAGGAUAGAUUCAAGGAAUUGCAGCCCUAGCCUUUAUAUUAUGUUGCUCAGUUUAACACAUUUCGAUAUUUGGGUUGUCGGAAAUACUAGUUAACCUGGCUGAACAUGCCUGCAAAGUGUCACUGUAAAAAAUAAUUUUCAUGAUUUGUUAUCACAACAUUUUUUCUUUUGUCAAAUCAACUUAGAUAAUUAAUGUGGUUCAGAUAACAUAAUAUUUUGAGUUUCUGUUGAUUAAAUCAAUCGUCUUCAUUGUAUUAACUCAAAUUUUUUAUUUCAAUGAACUCAAAAUUUUAAGGCAACCAGGUAACUUACUUUCUUAAGUUAAACCAACUAUUCUUUUUUUACAGUGUUUAAUGUGCGCACAAAAAUUUCCAUUAUAGUUAUGUUUGUGGGUCAAUUUGACCCGAAUAUUUCAUUGUUAAAUGCAGUAUAUUUUGUUGUGUCAGUCUCAGGGUAUUUACAUUUACAUUUUUGCAUUUUGAAAUUCAAAGAUUGGUGACAAACUGACAAUGCUUCAAAGGCUACCUUUUUAUCAGUUCAUGCAUGUUCAGUUCACUGAAAAUUCGAAGUAGUGUCCAACUCUACUGUUUAAACUUAAGGAAAACAGAAAAAAGUGUGCUUUUAAAUGUAACUUUACGUUUUUUAACAAUACUGUUCAUAAUAUUCACAGCUUAUGAAAAAUGGUUUAAGAAAUAGCUGUUUAGUCGUGUUCGCAUAUUUAAUUUUUUAAUGUGCUUAAAGUAUCAUAGUUAAAGAUUUACUGAUUUCACCAGAUUUUCUUUUAGGUUUUCAUGGUUUGAUUUUUGGUGAAUUGCAUUAAAUCCAAUAAGGGUCACUUUGACCCUGACCGUUAUGAUUGAUUGUAUCCACAUUUCAAACCCAAUAGGGCUAAGUCUCAUUCAUUUUUAACUGUGAAAGUAUAUUGUGAAUAAUAAACUAUGGACUCAAAUGUUUUUAAAUCUGAGUGAUGUGUUUUUGAGUGUGUGUGUGUGUGUUUGUUUGUUCCCAUAUGUACAGUCUAUACUCAAGGGUGCACUGGGAUUGCAGUAAGCAGGCACUUCUGUACUAAAACUGAGUCAUAGUCAGCACUUUCUUAGUUACCUCAUUGACUUUAACCCCCAGCCAAACACAUACACACUUCCACACAACUGUGGCCCUGCAACAGGCAUUCCAUCACCCCCUCUGUAAUGAAGAGAAGGUCUUGUUAAUUGCCCCAUGUUAUUUAUGAUACCGAAGGGCUGUAUGCAUUAUUGAAGAAAUACUCUGUUUUUCUUUCGCAAGCAGCUCGAUGCAAUUGAGUCUGUUAACGCUCGUUAAUAUAUUAUAAUGUAGGCUAUUUUAUGAGGCAAUUGUACGUACUGGAAAAUAAUAUAGCCAAAGAUGAUGUGUCUUGCUUGGGGUGGGUGGUGCUUGCGGGUUGCAUGCGCUACUGGCACUGUAUCCAAGAUACCCACACAGUUUCCUUGGCAACCAGAGAGAGCACAUGGAUAAAGUGUGCGCAUUAGUUAAUGACGCUUACGACACUUCUUCCUUUUUUUUCAUCCAAAACAGUAGUGUAAUAAUGGCGGACGAGUCUUUGAGGAUUGCAAUACUAUUUAUGCAGUGUUUUACAACACACACGCACGCACGUCAUCGCAUUUGUAACCUCACGGACCUGGAACGGAGAGUUGCGAUUGUCUUUAGUAAGAGUUUGCGCCGACGUCAUAGCGAACCGUAAACAGUGGACGUAUUUCGCUGAUGUCAGCUGAAACGAACCCAUUAGAUCAGUGAGACGCUGCUGCAGCGCGCGCAGACCACCAAGAGCGUCACCUACCAACAAGCUCAUCUACUGUAAUGUGAAAAAAGAACAGCCAUAUUUUGUUACAAAUACAGCACUUUUAUAAAUGCAUAUUUAUGAAACCGUGGUCAUUUUAGUCCAGAGUCAAAUUCUGCAAAAUUUAUUUUUCUUAAGAACAUACUCUCUAUUUUUUUAACCGGGAGAAAAUGUAAAAAUGCUAAACAUACUAACUGAUAAACUGAAUAGUACACUUAAAAAAAAGUUUUUUAAGUAAAAAGUUUCAGUUAUCUUGUAAUUUACUGAUAAAAUUGAUUAAGGUAAUGUGUACCAUGUAGUUGGUGUACUUUUCUGGUCAUUCCCAGAAUUCCUUGGGAACCAUCACGUUUGUUUGUAUUUUUUUUUUUUAAAUGAAUCAUCUUAUUUUUGUUAUCGGUUUUGCUUGGUUUAUGAUAUUUAUUUAACGUUCAUGCGGUGCCAUUUAAAAAAUACAGUGCAAACCUUGCUAAAUGUACUUAUGCUUUAAACUAGCCAAACAUUUGCCAAUGAGGUAAAAAAAACCUCAAUAAAAUAUCUUUUAAAUAAAAUUAAAUAAAAGUUUUAAACAAAAAUCACAAUGUGCCUUACGCUAGGGACAAAUACAUAGUUAUUCAUUAUUAUUUAAGAAUGAAUUCGUCGAUGAAUUUGCACUUGUUGACAAUAUUGUAUCUUAGAUGAGCAUUCAGAGAUUUUCAAAGUGUCACCAAAAUAAAUACUUGCCUUGUGUCUUUGAUCAGAACGUUCGCAUACUUAAUAAGAAGCAUGCGGUCCUAUUCAUUAUCAAUUCAAAUAUGUCUUCUUGAUUGAAGUAUUUGGGUAAGGAGUCACGGCGCGUUCAUGUAUUCCCAGUCUUGCGCGGCGCUGUCCAAUCGCCUCCAACCACAGGGCGGUCCGAUUCGUCCCUGUUUCACACAGCGAUCCCUCCCCGUCCCUGCCUCUUCCUCCUCUCCUCCCCUCCGCUUGGCUGCCUUAUCAUCGCUUCCUUAUUGCCAAACCUGCAAAGACAGGGCUGUACUGAAUGCAACGUAAUUUUGACCCAUGUUCCAUUAGCUGAGCGGCCCUGAGGGCACGAGGCUUCCGCGCGGGACUGUAAUGCUACACUGUCCUCCCUCUCCGGCCAGUUCAUCCUCAGCAGCGCAGAGCUAUGGACCUGAAACCGUAGUGCUCCUCCAACACAGCAUAUCUGCAGUCACCUGCGACUCCAAUAGGCAAUCAAUAUUGAUAGAGUAUUUGUGAGGAUUACAGCCAUAAGGCAAUACGUCGCGGGGGAAAGGCUGGAAUUAUGAAGCGCUGUCAACAUGUCUAAGGCCACUGUUAAGAAGCUGCACUGGCGCUCGAAAGUGCAGGAGAGCUUCGUCCCACUGGGCGGAGCCUCGGGAGAGCUUGGUGUGGCCAUUGGAGGCGGUGCAGAUUAUGGAGAGUUCCCAUUUGUUACAGCAGCACCUGGGGGUGGAGCCACUGUUGGUGACAUCAUCCUAGAGAUUGGGGGUACGCCUGUCCUGGGAUUGACCUUGGGAGAUGUAAGAGGGGUUCUGAACUCAUGUCCACAUCCCAUUCGGAUAAAAACUGUCUUACCAGGCUCGACUCUCUGUAAGGAUCUGAGACUUUACCUGAGCAAGUGUUUUACACCCGGAUCAAUGGACAGCCAACUCCAACAGGUCAUACGAGAGAACCUCUACCUGCGCGCCGUGCCCUGUACAACCAGGCAACCACGGGAUGGAGAGAUCUCAGGGGUGGAUUAUAACUUUGUGUCCAUUGAGGAAUUCUUCUCCCUGGAAGAGUCUGGAGCCCUGCUGGAAAGUGGGAAGUUCAAAGGUAACUAUUAUGGCACUCCUCGGCCGGUCCACAUCGGUCCUGACAGCCCACCCAUUACGUACCAGGAACAUCGAAACCUCCUGAGAAACUUUCGUACCCGCAGCAAAUCGCUCAGCAACCUGGAAAAGGCAGUGGAGGAAGGUGACAACAGCGAGGAAGACUCUGGUCUAUCAGCGGGGUCUGCAGGAGCCAGCAGUGCCCCUCCCACCACCAUUGUCUCACCUAAUCAGACUUGGGACUCAGGCGGUGGGCGGGAUGGAGGGGUUGCCAUGGAGAACGGAGCACGUGGAGGGGCUUUGCCUGAAAACUGGGAGCUGGCGUUCAGUGACACAGGCGAACCCUAUUACAUCAACCAUAACUCAAAGACCACAAGCUGGCUGGACCCAAGGACUCAGGGCAAAGAAAUUGUCAGCAAGACGGAGUUACCUGCAUUCACAGACCAACCAUCUGAACUGAAGGGCUAUUCCAUACACACUCGCCUGUCGAAAGGGCCUCGUGGGUUUGGCUUCAACAUUGUGGGUGGCAGUAGACCUCGGGAAUUCCUGCAGGUGUACAGCGUCACCCCAGGAGGCCCGUCUGCACUCAAAACAGCGGAUAUCCUGGUGUACAUUAAUGACUCGUGUGUGCUGGGUCUGUCCCAUAAAGAAGUGGUAGAAAUGCUGAAAUCCGUCCCCAUGGGUCACAGUGUGGAUGUGGUUCUUCGCCGAGGUUACCCCAUGCUCUACAACCCUGAUGGCUGCCCCAAAACCAGCCUCUCUUCCCCUUCUGACCCAACCAGUGCCAACCCUGCAGCACCCAGUUCUGCUCAAUCCCAGGUUCAACAUCCUGAUGGACACCAACCUGGCUUGGUGAACCUCAAUCGCUCCAUGUCCCACCACAACAACUUCUACCCCCGCAUGCAGAAAGAAUCCUUGGAUGCUAACGGGAACACAGCACCCCAGCCUUCCUACUCAAUGGUCAAUGGAAAUGGAGUGGGAGGGACUAUAGGACUGGGGGCGCUGCCUUCAUCAAAUGCCCCUCCCCUAUCAGAGCGAAUGAGCUCUAGUCACAGCGAUACGGAGGUCAGCUCUGUUGUCACGCGCAGAGCUUCCCUUGUCCGAAGCUACAACAACAACACUCUUCCAGCUCCUUCUCACGCCCAUCAUAGUUCCAAGUCUUCCGAGAGCGAUCUCUCCUCUGCAACGCUCCCCCUGCCUCAGCCCGAGGUGGGUCCUACCGCCCCGCCACCAGGAGCACCUAGCACCCAGCGGCCUCCCAUGCCCCAAACAUCUCUUGCCGUCGCACCCCCAACCGAGCACCCACCCUGUGGUUUCAACGGGUGUCCAGCCAACAAUCCCCCGCGACCUCUUCCGGGUGGCCUAGGGUCCCCCGGAGCCCCAGGUGGGGUAGGCUGCGGAGGAGGGGGUGAGCUGGUACCUGUGGCCUUGGGCAGGAGCGAGGGAGGGGGUAUGGGUUUCAGUGUGACGGCUGGGGGGCAAGGAGGGCAGCUGGCGGUGGUGAAGAGAGUCUGGGACAGACGACAGUGCCCCUCCUUACAGCCAGGGGAUGCCAUUAUUAAAAUCAAUGGCGCUGAUGUGCAGAGCCUCAGCUUCGCACAGGUGCAGCGGGUGCUGCAAGAACAUACCAAACAGGGUGAGGUGGUCUUACUGGUUUACAGAGGAGGUCCUCUUUGCUCCCCAGGCUCUCCAAAUGCCUAUAAAAGACCUCCUCCCUCCCUGGGCACUCCAGAUCUGACCUCGCCCUCCUCCGAUGGUGCUGUGCCUAGCCAGAGCACCCUUUCUCCCUCCUCCCCCUGCGGUGACCUCCCCAACCUGGUCCAAAGCACCAGCUUCCUGGACUCGGUGCCCGUGACCCUGACCCUAGAGCCCCGGGACUGGUUAGGGGUUGAGGACGGACCUGCUCAGUGGACCCGUACUGCUGCUUCUAACCUCGGCGCAGUAUCCAAAAGCCAUGUAGACGCGAGGGGAGUGGUCUCUUCCAGAGCGAUGGAGGUGGAGUUGAGACGGAGACCAGGAGAGGGAUUCGGGUUUGUCAUCGCAUCACAGGAUGUAGUGAAUGGAACCUCGUCUCUAGUGUCUCACAGGUUUGUGACGGUGCGACGGGGGAGUCCAGCAGCACGCAGUGGUCAGAUCCAGCCGGGGGAUCAGUUGGAGGCCGUGGAGGGCAGAUCAGUGGUCACGCUGCCUCACAGAGACCUCGCACAGAUACUGCGCAGAGCUGGAAACACACUCAGACUCACCAUUAUACCACGCUCUCACACUAACAAUAAUCUGCCUGAAUACCCUGACUUUGAUGCCGAGAGCCGGUUAAGAAAAGGGCACCGGGCCAAGCAAAAGGAUUCCCAAUUUUAUAGCGUUGAUCUGGAGAGGGGCCCAACAGGGUUUGGUUUUAGUUUGCGAGGUGGAAGCGAGUAUAACAUGGGUCUGUAUGUACUUGGUCUAAUGGAGGGCGGACCGGCUUCACGCAGUCAGAAAAUUCAGGUGAGUGAUCAGCUGGUGGAGAUCAAUGGAGACAGCACAGCCGGGAUGACACACAGCCAGGCCGUGGAGCAGAUCCGAAAGGGAGGAGCAUGGAUACACCUUGUACUGAAGAAAGGCAACGGAUAUGUACCAGAUUAUGACCAUGAAUCUGGAGUUGUUUCCCCCUCCUCCCUCUUCUCCGAGGAUCCGCAUGUGGCUGCAGUAGAUCGCUCUCCUCCGAGGAGCAGCAGAUUGUUGGAUGACAGUGGACGAGAGAGGAGAGAGAGGAGGGGGAAGGGAAGGAGGGAAUCAGAGGGAAGGAGCAGAGGAAGAGGAGCGGAGGAGGGCAAGCGGGGCCGGGCGGAGGAUGUUAGCACCGCUGAAAGCUCCCAGUCGGCAGGAAGAAGAGAGCAACAGAUGCGUUCGCGGAGUUUACCUGGCACGUUGAGGGGCCAAGAGAGUCCACGGAAAGAAGAGGUGGAGGACGGCACAUGGGGGGAAAGGAAGGGAGAGGGGGAACGACGAAGGGGAAGGCAGAAAAGCAAGAGCAUGGGGGAGAGAAGACGAAAAGUGAAGGAUGUUAGUUCAGAAAGAGAAAACGAUCUCCCAGAGAGGGAGAAAGAGAGUGUCGGAAGAGAAAAGAGGGAUAACAACAGAACCAGCACAACGGAGGUCACACAGCGCGCACCUUUCUCCUUCCUCAUGCCUUUGGACAAUGACGAUGAUGGGUCAGGUGCAGAAUCGGCUCACAGCUUCUCUGAAGUCAGCGUGUCUGCAGCCAGCAUCGCAUUCUCGACUCAGUGGCCUCUGGAUCCCAUCCGCCCUCUACAGGCCCCUGGAUCUUCGACAACACCUCCGGGACCCUGGCUUGUCCCCAGCCCUCACAAACUCUCUCAGGUUUUAGAGGGGAAAAGGCUGAGCCAGAAUAAGGGAGGACUGUGGUCCUAAUGCUAAUUCCCUUAAAAGGAUAGUUCACCUAAAAACCUCGCACUCAUGUCGUUCCAAUCCUGUAUGAUUUUCUUUCUUCAGGGAGAAAUUUAGAAGAGUUGUACUGGCUGCUCUUUUCCACAAAAAUGAAUAGUAACUGAACUUUUAAACUUCAAAAAAAGAUGCAAAACCACCAAAAAACUGUUUAUAUGACUUGUGUACUAUAUUCCAAGUCUACUGAAGUCAUAGGCUCUGUCCCAAACUGAACCCUAAAGCCCCGUUCACACCAAGGAUGAAAAGUCUAACAAUAACUAUAAAGUUUUUAUAAUCAUUCUAAUUCUAUGAGAAUAGUGGAGUCCACACCACAACUAUAACAAUAAUGACACAGCAACAAUAUCAUUGGAAUCACUUUUAGAAUGUUUUUUUCCAGCUCAUGAAUGAUAAAAAACAUUGAAGCCAAUCAGAAUCCAUCGUACUUUAAAGAGCUCGACAGACAACUUAAACAGAACGUUGUCACCUGUUAGUGUGUAUACCAAUAUAGUUAUUGUUAUAGUUAUCUUUAUAGUUAUCGUUCUUGGUGUGAACGUGCCUUAAAGCCUUCGCUGUCUUCCUCCAAGUCCACACUUUUGUGAUGUCUCUUUGACUGUCGGGUAGAAGACUGCUGUGGAGCUGGUACAGUCCGAUUCGAUUUUUGUGAAUCGAAUCAACUGAUUCAUUGAAAAAAUUAAUGACUCAAAGGAACAAUUUGUUUAUGAAUCAGACAUUGCUGCUUCUCUCAUGAAGAGAGCUAGGGCAGAUUUCAGUGAAUAGAGAUGCAGCCCCAUUUAUCUUUGUUCAGCGAAUUUUUGCAGGCAAAAUUUAGUCAUUUCAAUAGGAAUCCAUGUGAUCAAGAAUUUCACAUAAGGGCGAAAGAUUUCCCCUCACAGAUUUCGCAUUUGGUUAAGUUGGUCAUACAAAGUUGACCAGCAGAAAGCUGCUUGGUUUGAAAGUGACUUCUGUGUGAGCAGUACAUCACUACACUAUUGAAAGUAGACAAUGAAUCUUUUUUGCCUGCAAAACUUCACUAAUGUGACCGCAGCUGAGAUUUUGGUUGUUUUUCACACAAAGAUAUUACAUAUAAGGGCUUUUCACACUUAAAAUAGUUAACCCUGGGUCAUUCUAAACCCCAGGUAAACAGAAUCCUGGGUUAUCUUUAUUCACAUUUCACACUGCUCACAAUAUCCCCAUAAUAGCUAUAAAUAUUAACAGUUAAUCCUGGGUAUUCAUAAGCUGCUGUUUCACAUUGCACAUUUCUAAACCCCGUGUUAAAGUCCUUAUUUGAAUAUUCGCAGUAUCAGUGUUACUGACUGGACAAACGCAGCACGUGACCUAUUUACGUAAAGGCUUCUAGCAUUGCGCGUCCUCAUACAACACAUUGCUGACUGCUUUUCUGAGUGAACUUUUCGAACUAUAAAGGUAAGAAUGAAACGGUCUCUUCUUCACGCCAAUUGUUCUUUUUUCCAUCGCGGUUUGACAUUUUUCCUAUCAUACACAGAAACGACUGUUUAUAUGCAUCGCGCGGUGUUUCCGUGUCAGCCCAAAGCGCGUGAACAUAAAGCACGCAAUUGGUUGUCGGUAGCCAAGCAUCUAGUUGUAACAUUCGAACACCGCAUCGUUUCACACUGUACAAGUUUGGCACCGCAAAAGAGCACCUCCAGAGCAAGGUUUCAUAACCCGGGGUAAAAAGCGGUGCUAACCCCGCAUCUAAAUUAGCCUACAAGUGUGAAACGCUCCCUUACCCGGGGUUAAAAGCGGUGUUUAGAACGACGAUAACCCGGGGUUAAGCGCAGUGUGAAAAGCCCUAUAUUGACUUUAUUAAUAUAUUAACCUAAUACAGUUCUCAAGCCACUUUUAUGAUUCUUUCAUGGUGCUUUUGCAUCUUUUUUUUAAGCUUAUCUUCAAAAUUUCUCCUUUUGUGUUUUAUCGAAGAAAUAGUCAUACUGGUUUGAAACAACAUGAGUGUUAGUAAAUGCUGACAGAUUUUUACUUGUUUUUGGGGGUGGGGCGGUGGUAAACUAUCCCUUUAAAUCUCUCUUCUCUUUUCUCUCUCUCUCUCUCUUACACACACACUCAUACAGCCUCUCCAGCUCCGUCUUUAUAUCUUGUGGUUUUCAGUACACCACCACCAUCCUAUCAGUUCCUCUUCCGUCUCAAAUCCAUAUCUAUAUGGUCCCGUGUGUGUUUUAUUGGUAUCAUCCAGAUACCGCAGAGAUCUCCCAUCCAGGCCGAUCAAGACUUGAUUUUAUCGCCAUCUAGUGGCCAAGGAGAGAAAAUGAGCAAAUGCUUGCCAUUACGUUGUGGCUAGCGUGACAGUAACUGCAAGGUCAGUUAGUAUGCGUCUGAUUCAUGGUGUCCUUCAUAGCAUGUCUUUUUCAUGUCAUUUGACAUUUUUAUUUUGCAUAUUUUCCAUUUAUUUUCAUAAGAAUGCAACAAAAAUUCUAUUAUAAAAAAAGAAGAUUUAUUUAAAACACGGUUGCUCAGUCGUGCCCCUGAAGAGCUACACUUCUGAAAGUAAACUAGAUUGAUCUUCAGGACCAGGACUAAGCACCCUCGAUUUAAGAGAUUUUAUUAGCUGCUUGCUGUUUGUGACUGGACUAUAACCCCUCCCCUGCUGUGUGCGCAGUGGUCUUGCUGUUGAAAGAGGGGGGGAAGGAAGAUAACAGAACUAAAGUUUUAUUAUAAGGCCAGUGAGCCGUAUCAAACCUCUCCAGGUGCCUUCUGCUUCUUUAGCCAGUGUUUACCAAAAAAAGAGAAACAAAUACAAGUAAAAGAACAUAAGACGUAGCAUAGUAGAAAGUGUGCAACACAAUACUGUUCUGCCUCUUUAACAUCUAUAUCUUUGCAAGACUUGGUUCACGAGUUGGGGAAAAUAUUCUGCACACGCUCUGCGAAACUUCAGCUAAGUGAGUCAAAGUGAAAGAGAGCCAUUACAAGUGCCUCAUGCGAUAUUCCUUUAUACAAGACAUAGAAUUCCCUCAAGCUCAAAAUCAGGACCCAAAGUUUUGAUUUUUUUCCCAUUGUGAUACUUUUUGCGUUUGUAUGCUUUCUGAUUCAAUUUUUCAGGCCCAUUUCAUUGCCCUCGACAUUUCAGAAAAAUUAUGAAAACAAGAAAACGAAGGCCUGAUCGGUCCUCAUCCCCGAGCCCUCCACCAAUCAGCAUCGAGCAUCAUGCGGAAUCUUCAUUUCAGGAGACAAAAAGAAAAAAACAAAAAACAAAAAAAGAAGAAAAAGAAAAAAAGGGCAUUUUGAUACAGGUCUUCUAUGCAUUUUGUAAGACUUACUGAUCAAAAAUUGCGGUAGGAAUUUUUCUACCUAAGAUAUGAGAUUCGUAAUUUUGUGUACUGUUAAAAUACACAGGCAGGUUGGUAAAUCGAAACCGAAAAUUUAAAGGAGAUCCGGUGAUAAUCAGACAUGCUGUACCACCAGCUUAUGCAUUGAUCUUUACCUCAGAACUGUCUGAGCAAUAAGUGCUAUCUCUUUCUGUUCAGUGUCAUACCAAGCAAAGCUCAUUGAAAAGCUGAGUGAUAGAAAUAUGCACGGUAAAAUCAUCUGUGAUAAAUUAAUUGGAAUGAAAUGCAUCCCUAUAGACAUACAUUUGCUAUUUUAAAAUAAUAUAGUAUUUUAUCAAAUAGAUUUGCAUUUAUUUAAAUAUUCUAAAGUUACAUAUUAUAAAUCAGACAUUAAUUUAUCACUCGAGAUCUUUACUGUGCUGUAACAUAUCAAUAAAUGCUUGCAUAGAAGAUCACAUGCGAGUUCUGUUGCCAUACACAGCCUGUAAGCGUUUAGCAAUUUGCGAUUUCGGAAAAGUGAUACAAUGAUCUUAAGUGUUAACACUUUAAAUCAGGGCUCUUACACGAGUAUUACACAUACAUCUGAGGUGUUAUCUGAAGCUCAGAAUCCUCAACCAGCCUGGGUAUUGAUGUUGACUUUGUACCCGAUUAUCCCAUUGGCAUCAGCACGUACUGUACAGAAACUGGGAUGAGCCUUGUAAAUGUUUCGUUUCGGGUUUAUUUUUGUGAGGGGGAAGAUUUGGAUUGUUUUCCAAAACGUUAAUAGAUACUGUAGCAUUUCCCUUACUGUAGCAGAUCUUAUAAGCAAGCUUAAUGUAUAUAAUUAUUGACCCUGGACAUGUCUAUUUUUUUUUUUUUAAUCCCCCAAUGUCUCACAUAUCAGAAAUAUACAGCACUGUCGAGACGUGCAACAUUUUAAACCGAGGUGCCCAUUGGCUUGACGAGAAGCUUGAUAUUUAAAAUGAUUCUUCUAAUUCAAUCUUGCAUGUCUGUAGUGAGUAUACUAGUUUUAAUAGCACUGGCCCUUACAAUUGAAUUCAAAUGUCCCAAUGGCAUGAUAAUGUAUUCCACAGCCCAGGAGGCCAAUCGUAAUGUUUUAUAGAACAUCUGUUGUCUGUUUCAAAUUAUUCAAAUUGUGGAAUCUGAUCUGACAGCUUGAUUGCCCCCUAGUGCACACCGUGGUUUUUGCACAGCCCUCUUUUAUAGCCCUCUUCAUGAUGUCUUUAACAACAUAUUAAAAGCAAGAUUUAGAGAUACAAAAACCUCAAGUAUGUAGUCCACAAUGAUAACAAUUAGCAUGCCCACCAAACAUUGUCCCUCCCCAUAAUAGGUUUCCUCGUACCGGAGACAGUUUAGAUCCUUAGAUGUUCAGUAGUCAGAGAUGUAGUCUCAAAAACGAGCCAUACUCUGAGCCAACCGAUAUAUGAAUACAACAAUGCAAUGUUUUUUAUAAUAAUGUCUGCAAGGUUCCUAUCAGUGCAAAUGUGCCAUUUAAAUGCUAAUCAAUGAUGUCAUACUCUUUUCCUCUACCGAGAGAAAUGCAGAGGGGCAACGUUUGGCCCUCUGAGUUUGACGCUUUUAAAAUGUCAAAACACGAACGGAGUGUUUCAGCUUUGAAUUUUCAACUUGAAUUUGCUAUAUUGGCCUUGUAAGGAGUCAGCCAUUGUACAGAACAAGAACAAUUUUAUUUGUAAAGAGGAAAGAAAAGGAGAUGUUUUUUAUAUCUAUAUUCUAGAAAUAUAGGAUAAAGGUCAGCAGGGGUGUAAAGUACUUGAGCGAUUGUACUUCAUUACUAUGCCUAAGUAUUAUUUAAAAACUGAAUAUUUAUACUUUUGCAAAAUUACAUUUCUAUAUGAAAAAAGUCACUUUUUAUUACUACUUAAUUUAAUUUAUAGAUCUUAAAAAGUGCAUAUUACACUGGUCAUCAUGAUGAAAAACGUUGAAAUUUGUCACAAUUAUGGUCAUUUGUCCUUGUGAAGAGACAAAAGUCUUCAUCUUUUGACCUAAAGCAAUGCGUUUUAUUUGUUAAAUGCAUUGUUGAAGACUAAUAAACAGUUCAGUCUGAUCAGUCUAUAAAUCAGUGUUAACUAAAACUAUUACAAAUGUUUUCAGUACUUGAAAUGAAGCUGAAUAAAAUAUAACAUUAGAUGAAAAACUUUAAAAAUGAGAAAUGUUGUCUUGGUAAAAUAUGGUAAAAUAACUAGUAAAAAUGACAAAAGCACAUAACAAAAUUUCGAAUACUAAACAAAAUGAAAUCCAAAAUACUAAUCAGUACUAAAUAAUUAUAAAAUAACAACUAUACUUGUGUGUCAAACAACAUCUUCAGCUUCUGCUUAAUUUAACGUUUAACAAUUUCAAACUGUUUUUUUAAAAAAAGUUGUGUCGUAUUUCCAGUACAUUGAAAAAUAUGACUAAAUGGUUUGCUCUUCACAGCUUGGGUUGCUUUGCAAUGUUUCUCUUAAAAAAGCUUAAAUGAGAAAAUGUCCAUUGUUUCUAAAGCUAAGAAGUUGUUUACUUUUAAAUACCAAGUAGAACUUUUGUACUUUCACUCAGAUGCGUUUUUGGCUAGAUACUGUAAAUCUUUGACAUUGUACUCAUACUUCAGUAUAAUUUCUCAGUGCUUUUUACACCCCUGUGUGCCAGACAGCUCAGCCCAUGAUAAUGAAAGCAGAGGACAUUCUGUUGUAUAAAGGAAGUAACCGCUGCACCAGUAGAGGACCUCGCUGAGGCAGCCGCCCAGUCUGAAUUCUUGACGUGAUCUCUUUUUCACCAUUGGUGCUGAUCCUCCAACUGGCUGGCUGCGGUUGCUAUUUCGCUUUCCCUCAUUCAGUACAUAUGGAGGUCACCACUCACAAGCCAGCGGAAAGCAGUUAAAACAAUUUCAAGUCUUCGGAUGGGGCCAAAAAAUGUGUAAAGGUUCUACUUCCUUUAUAGCAUAAGUGUCCUCUCCUUCAUUUUGACUUAGUGUAGACAGGACUCUAAAGUAUAGAAAAUGAGGAAGCAGGCAGCAGUGUGUUGCAGAUUUUUACCUGCCGGGUCUGAAGCGAGACCUCGAGUAGCCGUUAUUUCAGUGGCGCCCUCUACAGGGAAGAUGCUGAGUGUGUAAAUAGCAGUCCGUAAGGGGACACCUUGAACACAGAUGUACAGGUUUUUAAUUGUUGCUCUUGAUAUGUAUGAAGAUACUGUAUUGUUUUUGAAUGCAUCAACAGGGAGUUUUGAAUUAUGAAUAAUGACAUGCAGUUAAAGAAAUAAACCGAAUAAAACUAAAUAAAA